AUGGGGUCCUGGCUGCUCGGUCUGUGGAGUAUUCUCUCCGCAAUCUUCGGGAUGAUGCUGGACGUCGCCCAGUUCUGGAAGCAGAAAUUGUUCUCGUGGUGGAAAUCAAAGUCCCCAAAGACCCGCUUGCUUCACACGCUGGCCACAGCGCAGAGCUAUGAGCGAUGGGAGGAGGCUGCAUUCGAGCUGGAUGAGCUCUUGAGCAAGGACCUAUGGCGUCAAAAUCCCGUCAGUCGACACUAUGACUACCGGCUCAUCCUCGGCCGGCUGGAGGCACUGAUGAGUGCCCGCGAAGGCGAGGACAUUCUCACACUAGUCAAUCUCCUUCGCUCCGGCCUCGUGCGCAAUCUGGGCAAUAUCACAUCCACCAAGUUAUUUACCCAUGCAUACGCCGGAACGAAACUCCUAAUUGAUGACUACAUCACGCAAGUCGCUCUGUCCAUCCAGUACGUGGCCUCGCUACAACCUGCACAUAUGCAGGCGAGCGGGUUCACGUCGCAGGCGAAGCUGGAACUGCUACACGAUACUCGUCAGGCCUUUGGACGCACGACGCUGCUGCUACAGGGUGGAUCGGCUUUUGGACUGUGCCAUCUCGGCGUCGUCAAGGCGUUGCAUUUACAGGGCCUUCUUCCUCGAAUUAUCACAGGUACCGCGACUGGGGCUAUGAUUGCAGCGCUGGUGGGUAUUCACCCUGAAAGCGAACUACUUGCUUUGCUUGAAGGCGAAACGAUUGAUCUAUCCGCCUUUGAUCAGCGACGCAAAGAGCAUGCGGAGGAGAGUUGGAUGUCGACUUUUGUGCGGCGAAUGAAGCGAUUGCUUCGGAAGGGACAUUUAUAUGAUAUGGAGUUGUUGGAGGACUGUGUUCGAGAUAAUGUCGGCGACUUGACCUUUGAAGAGGCGUAUGCUCGGUCCAAGCGGAUCUUGAAUAUCACGAUUGCCACGGCUGGCAAGACUGGUACACCCAAUCUGCUCAAUUAUCUGACUGCGCCGAAUGUGCUUAUCUGGUCCGCUGCGGCGGCUUCCAAUGCCUCAUCAGUCUCUAUACUCUCUUCACCAGUUACAAUCUACUGCAAAGACGAAACCGGCUCAAUCGUCCCUUGGCCACACACAAAGGAGGCUGUAUUCCAACCCUGGAGACACGUCACCUACAGCGACGGCGAAUCCCCCCUCUCCCGAAUCGCCGAACUCUUCAACGUCAACCACUUCAUCGUCUCCCAAGCCCGCCCCUACCUAAUCCCAUUCCUCCGCUCCGAGCUAAACCUCCUCGACCGCCGCCAAACAGGCUGGAGCAAUCUAUCCCGCUCUAUGAUGCGACUUACACUAGUCGAACUCCGUCACCGACUUCGCCAACUCGAUUACAUGGGUCUCCUCCCAGCAUCGCUUAGCCGACUCCUCAUCGACGAAACCAUCCCGGGAGCUAAUCUCACCCUCGUCCCGGAUCUAUCUAUCAACGACCUACCCAAGCUCUUCCAACAGCCCACCCGCGCCAGGGUAGCAGACUGGACAUUAAAAGGCGAGCGCGGCGUCUGGCCCGCGAUCAGUGCCUUGAAAGUCCGCGAGGCAAUCGAGAUUGAACUCGACCGGGGUUAUCAGCUCGUUCGUCGCCGGCGUCCAAGCGAUGCGUCUCUUCCUACGCCGAUGCAUUUCCCUAAUGAGGGCGCUGCUCGUCAGCGACGGGGUUGUAGCGAGAAUGACUUUGAGAACGGCAUACUUGCUGAUUCAAAGUAA